GAAAGUUUAUAAUUUAGGAAUAGAAAGGAAAAUCGAUUAUUGUUUCUUCAAACCUUUUAGGCAGCCAUUGGCUUUGAUGUCUUUGACAGUUUGACUCAUCUACCUCUUGUUCUUCUACUGCGACUCUAUCUCUGCACAAUAAUGGUCCACAAGGAAAGCAGAAGAAGCUUUCGCAGCCAAACCAGGAGGACCAUAGUCCAGUGAUCCAUCCAGAUUCCAGCCAAGCCAGCUUAUAAUUAAACACCAAUUUCUUUUCUUUCCCCCCCCCCUAUUUUAAAUACUCUGUUUAUUUCCAUCUCAAGCUUUUCUUUUCCAUGUUUGCUUUUAGAUCUCACCCUCCCUCUUCUAACUCUCACACGCAGAUUAAUUGGUAGCAGCAGCCACCCUAGCCUCUCUCUCUCUCUCUCGAUUGCUUUCUCUCCUUUCCACAGUGCUUUCCCUUUUUGUUCUAUUUUUUUUUUUUUUGCUCUCGCGACUCGCCCCUCACUGCAAAAGCAAGCAAAGCCCACCUUCAAGUUCCUGAUCUUUCAAGCUAGGUACUUUUUUGUUCCUCUUAUACCUUGUUCAUUGGUAGGCGAUUGCAAUCUGCUUCGUUGGACAUCUGGGUGCUCUGUUUUGGCCUUCGAUCUAUUCCUGGGGUUCAAUUGUGGGCAUUAGAAGAAGAAUCAGGCAGAAAAAUACCUUUGGGCUUCUGCAGAAAGAUAUGAUUUCUGGUACUAGAUGCUUUGCCGCGAAUUCAUCACCUCUGAUGUGAUUUUGAAAGAGUUAGAUAGUUCUCCAUGGCCUCCAGAACAGGUAGUAAAGGUUUCUCAAAAGAGGUUCAUAAGUUGCGGCUAGAUGAUCUCAAGCUCCCUUCUCCAGUCGAGAUGAACAUUCAUGGCCAGGUGCCAAGGCCAUUAGGAAACACGCCUAAGUUUCCAAACUCCAACAGAAAGGUGUUGACUGCUGACUCCUUAAUCAGCAAAUUGGAGUCCACUUCGAUAUCAUUGGCUAGUGUUGAAGAGCAAGGGUCAGGAGGAGUAGAUUCCUCAUCCGUCAAUGAUACGAGAGGGUCCCAAGAGACAUCUGUUAAGAACAGUUCGGUUUCAGGAAAAGUCAGUGAUGGAGCUAGCAGUCUUGGGAAGACUAGUGGGAGCACGAAAAUUGAGUAUGUGGAAAGUGGGAAGAGCAGCAUGUGCAGAGGCAGCACGAGCAGUGACAUCAGCGAUGAGAGUACCUGUAGCAGCUUUAGUAGCAGCAUCAGUAAGCCUCAUAAGGCAAAUGAUUUAAGAUGGGAAGCCAUCCAGGCUGUUAGGAUGAGGGAUGGGGCUUUGGGUUUGAAUCACUUUAGAUUGCUGAAGAGGUUAGGCUGUGGCGAUAUUGGAAGUGUGUAUUUGUCUGAGUUGAGUGGGACCAAGUGUUAUUUUGCCAUGAAGGUGAUGGACAAGGGCUCCCUUGCAAGUCGUAAGAAGCUGCUUAGAGCUCAGACAGAGAGAGAGAUACUACAAUCUCUUGACCAUCCAUUCCUUCCUUCACUUUAUACCCACUUUGAGACGGAGAAGUUUUCUUGUUUGGUUAUGGAGUUCUGCCCUGGUGGUGACUUGCACACCCUCAGGCAGAGGCAGCCAGGGAAGCAUUUCACCGAGCAGGCAGUAAAGUUCUACGUGGCAGAGGUCUUAUUAGCAUUGGAGUAUCUCCACAUGCUGGGAAUCAUCUACCGCGAUCUCAAGCCCGAGAAUGUAUUGGUGAGAGAUGAUGGACACAUAAUGCUCUCCGACUUCGACCUCUCCCUCCGUUGCGCUGUAAGCCCAACUCUCGUCAAAGGCACGCCUCUCGAGGGAGCCGACCCACUACGAAAGAACCCUGUCUACUGUGUCCAGCCAGCGUGCAUUCAGCCGCCAUCCUGCAUCCAACCUUGUGUGGGGCCUACGACAUGCUUCUCGCCUCGCCUCUUCUCCAGUAAGUCGAAAAAGGAGAGGAAACAGAAAAACGAUCUCGGAAACCAGGUCAGCCCCUUACCUGAAUUGAUUGCGGAGCCUACUGAGGCGAGGUCAAUGUCGUUCGUCGGAACCCACGAGUAUUUAGCUCCCGAGAUCAUCAAGGGGGAAGGCCAUGGAAGUGCUGUCGACUGGUGGACUUAUGGUAUCUUUCUCUACGAGCUCCUUUUUGGUAAGACGCCAUUCAAGGGGUCUGGAAACCGAGCUACAUUGUUCAAUGUAGUGGGUCAGCCUCUCCGGUUUCCUGAAGCCCCAGUAGUCAGCUUUGCAGCAAGGGACCUCAUAAGGGGACUGCUGGUGAAGGAGCCACAGCACAGGUUGGCGUAUAAGAGGGGUGCUACUGAGAUAAAGCAGCAUCCUUUCUUCGAAGGGGUGAACUGGGCAUUGAUACGAUGUGCCACACCACCUGAGAUACCCAGGCCGGUUGAGUUGGAACGGAUUCCUGGGCCGGCACCAUUGGCAGGAUCUACGAGCGAAAAGGCAGCGAUGGUAGCAGCAGCAGGAGCAGGUGGUGGUCAGAAGGGUGGUGGUGGUGAUAACUAUCUGGAGUUUGACUUCUUCUGAAAGGGUUCUAAGUACAUGUAUGGUUGAUGAUGAUGAUGUUGAUUGUAAGGAUGGAAAGAUUGUAUCUUUUUUUUUAUGGGUAGGGGGAAGAAUUUGUUGUUGUGAUGAACAUUUGUCAGCAAUUGAGAGACAGUAAUUGUUUUUUGUUUGUCUUGCUACCCCCUCACCUGUUCUCUCCUCUCUCUCAUCCUUCCUUAUGUUUUUGUUCCUGAAUGACAGUUGAUGGUAAGGAAAAAUGUAUGGCUGCUUUGAUGCUGUAGCUGGUAUCUGCAAUCCUGAACGAAUUCCAACUCCAA